AGUUGGCUCUUGACUCUCCCGCGCUGCAGUCGGUGGCUCUGGCCGGAAUCAGAACCGGAAUCGGAAUCGGUAUCGGAAUCGGUAUCGGAAUCGCAAUCCGAAUCGGAAUCGGAAUCGGAAUCUUGCCCGGAUUGCAAAGCGGACUGGGAGUGAGAGAGUGUAUUUUUAGUGCUUGCGUGCGAAAUUUUGUUGGUGUCAAAGUUAAACAAUUUACGUGAGAUUGCAAGGACAGGCCAAGAAGAAGCAGCAGUACAAAAAAGGAUAAUUGCAACAGCAAGCAUAAGAAGUAAGCCAGGCAACUGCAACAGCAACAUUUGCUGCAAGUGCAGCUCCCACAGCCGUCGCCGCCGCCAAGUUCAAAAUCAACGCCUGACAAUGACAAAGGCAGCAGCAGCAGCAGCAACAGCAACAACAGCAGCAACACCAAUCAAAACAGCAGCAGCAGAAGCUGAAGCAGCAGCAGCAGCAACCAAAGCAAUAACAAUCAAUGGGCCCCAAACGACAUGGCGACGUCAACGAGGCUGCACAACAGCAACAACAGCUGAAACACGAAACAUGCAGCAGCAAAAGCAAAUGCAACAGCAACUAUCGUACUUGCAACGCCUAAGGGCGGCCAGUCGACUGGGGGCGUGGCCGCCACCAAUGACGUCGCUGUGGCUGCCAACCGACUAUCUCGCCCAGCUGAUUUUGGCCCUAUGCCUGCUGGGCUGCCUCAGCCCCUUUACAGCUGCACUCGAGGAGGACUGUGUUGACUUUCAGGGCAACAAGGUGAACCACGGAAUGCUCUAUGUGCCUGGACCAGGAGUCUGUAGCCUCUGCGUCUGCUAUCACUCCGAACCACUCUGGUGCAAGGCCAUCUACUGUGAUCCGCCCUACUUUUGCAAAAACUUUCGAGUUGGCGAGCGUUGCUGUGAGUUCGAGUGCUUGGAUCCGCCCGGCGAGGACAAACUGUACCAGGAACGCAUGCGAAAGAGGGCCGAGAUACUGGCCGGGAACAGUACAGCCUCGAAUGUGCAACUCGCCCCGAUUGCCAUGUCCACCAUAAUGCUGGGAUUCCUGGGCAACAGCUUCCUGAACUUAUAACUUGAAGUCAAAUAGCAAGAGAUGGAGAUCAAUGCAAGGCGAAGCUAAAUCACAACAUCCUCAUUUUUUGUUGCUCCUAAAGCGUAGGACACUCUAUACCCAAAAAUUAUUACAGUGUAAUAAGCAAAGCUAAAAAAAACCAGGCCACGUAUCUGUGGCAAUAUGUCUGAGCCACAAUUGAAUGGAUGCAAAGAUGCAAAGAUGCAAAGAUGCAUAGAUGCAUCGAUGCGUAGGUUUUCACUUAUAUCCCCAGACUUAUAAUAGGUACAAUAAUAAUUUCAAUGGACGUGGAACAGGAACAGCUAGGGCAUGGAAAGUCGCCCCAAUUGCAGAACAUUUUCGAGUACUUUCAAUGUGAUCCGAAUCCGAAACCGAAUCCAAAUCGAAUCGGUAGAGCCAGCAGAUAUAGCAUAUAUACAUUUACAUCUACCUAAGUAUAGAUGAGUAAGCAACACCAAGAAACCAGAACAAACUCAUCAAGCGAACGUAUAAGACAGUCUCUAGCUCCUAAGACUCUAUAGUAAAAGAAAUAUAUAUAUAUAUAUAUAAUAUAUAUACAAAGAUAUAUGGACAUCUAUGUAAGCGUAUUGUAUAUAAGAGUAUAUAGCUCUAUGUACCGGAUCAAAAAUUGUUGAUUAGUGUUUAGCUAACUGAAUGAGGGCAACUUCUUCUAGGAAGAUAGGUUUUUUUUAAAUCCAAUAAAAAUGUUCACCAUAAGUCGCCGUAGAACACUAUACACCACAGUUCACCACAUUAGUUACGGCUCCUAGUAUAAAUAUUUUUUGGAGCUGUCAGAGCAAUAUUUUUUAUGCUAGUUUCUACAUAAAAAAAGAAUGCAAAAUUAUAUAAAAGCUAGAAGGGAAUCGUUAGAAACGAUAGCAACAUUGGCAUUAUUGAAAUGCGUAAGCUUGGCAGCUCUAGUUUCUUUCUAAUCACCAAACACGUUAAAUACUUAUAUAAAUGGCGGUAAGGACAGACCGACGAAGAAUCUCGAUCUUAGUAAAGGGUAGUAAAUUACACAUACAUAUCUUGGCAACAUUUUUUCCCAAAAUAUUAUAACAGACACGGUCACGAAUGAAUCAUUAACUCUUGCAUUGGUGCUAAUUUUAUCGUAGGCUAAAAUAAAAUUAAAAUCUCACACACUCCUCACAUCGCACAUCACACACCUCCUCCAAUCAUAUUGAAUCAAAUUCUAUAUAUCAAUUUAGGUAAUGUAAUCGAAAGCAAAACAAAGAGUAGUUAACCAAUUAAAAGUAAUUGACCCUAUGUUUCGUGUAAGACAUUUGCCUAAGGUAAAUCCGUUAACGAUAUAAUAAUAAAUAAUAAUAACAGUAACUAAUGAAAACCAACCAAACCCGGUUCUAAUUUUCCCAUUUGGAUAAAUCAAGCGCAAAAUCAGCGGAAAACAAAAAAAGAUUCGGCAAAGCUUAGUAGACAUGUAGGAAAAUCCCUUCAAGAAGAAUAGAUCUCGUUUCAACUUUAGGCUAAUGACUCUGAAGCCAUCUCCGUCUCUUUCUAUAUACAUAUAUAAAAAAUCUAUGAAUGUAGCAAAUAAAUCUAGAGAUAUAGCAGGACCAGCAGGAAAAACAUGAAAUUGUAAUGGAGUCGAUGAAAAUCAAUAUAUGUGACUGGGUUUCGCAAUCCAGAGAGAAGAAGUUGGUCAAAUUUUUUUCCACUUGACAGCACAUCAAAGCAAAUUAAAUUUAACAAUAAAUAUAUAAAAUGCGGGAUAUCCGAGAAAAACGUGGAGUACGGCUGUGAAAUUAUGUUUGCUUUAAAAUGCAUAAACGCAACUGUAAAUAUUAAAUGAUCACUAAAGUAUAUAGGCCAUAAUAUGGUAAAAACUAUUCAGAUCAAAUAGAGAUGGAAAUUCGAGAAAAGUGAAAUGAAGCUCAGCGAGACAGGAAAUUCGAUGGAAGAAAGAAUAACUAAUUAACUGAAUGUACAAUUCAAUAUGCCACAACAUCUGACCAAUUAUGAUCCAUAACAGAUAAUAUAUAUAUAUACAAACAGAUAUGUAUACAUACAUCAAUCCAAGUAUCUGAUAAGAAUAAUGACAAAUUUUAAUUAAGCCAGAUCGGAAAAGAAACAGAUGAUGACAAUGAAAAUGAGAAUGAGAUUGAGAAUGGCAGAUUCGAAGCGCGCUUAACAAAUUUUUAACAUAGACUCAACUAACAAAUGCAAAUUGGCUUUAAUUAACAACUAAUAACAAACAAAAAUCACACGAAUAAUGAUUAUAACCCAGAGUUGAUAUUGAAAAAAGUAUUUGUGUUGUUUUCGAUCGAUUUUAGUUCUAGAUAGCAGUGUUGUGAAACAACCGAAAAACUUUUUCCUAAGCUUAAGCGCUUUGCCAUUUGCAGGAACCCAAAGAUCCUCGAGAAAAUGUUUUUUAUAACCGAAGAAGUGGGCUACAGGCAGGAUAUAAAGCUCACAUUCCGAUAUCUGGAAUACAAAUCGAAAUGACAGUUUUUAAAAUAUUCCGUCAGUUUAAUACGAUCUAUGCAUAAAUUCCUAAAACAAAAAAUAACUAAACCGUUUCAACACUGGAAAAUUGAAAGGGAGAGACACAGAGCGAAAAAGAUAGAGAUAGCAUAACUAAUUUAUGCUUUGGGCUAUAUAUCCUGCCUUCCAGACUGGAAAUUAUUAAUCUUUAUUACUGAUAUUAAUUAUUGUAGAGCAGGAAAUAUUUUACAAUUCUUAAACCUUACCAAACCAAAUCCAAAAACGCAAACAAAACUAUUAAACUUGACAAUUUUUAAUGUAAUCGAAAACAAAGUUAUAACAAGAAUGUCUAAUGCGAAAACUUCAAGCAAAUACAACAACUUAUUAAUUAAAAUAAAAACAACAAGCAACAAAUGUCAUAAAAUGUUAACCGAUAAUUUCGCAAAAGAGGCAAAUCCAAAAUCAUGUACGCAUACCGUAAUAUAAUAAUAAUAUUAAUUCUAAUACCAGGAAAAUUUUAACAAAAAUAUACAAAUAUUUUCACAAUAGCUUAAAAUAACAGUACUUGUGUCACUUUUUGGGGUAUAAUAAAACUAAGAAUAAAUAUUAAUGAUUAUUAUUAAUCAAGCAUUUGCGGAACUCGCUAGGCAACAUGUUUAAUAUUGACCAUUAAGGCAUUUCAUGAAACUUAUCAGUUGAUUAAUAUAAACGUUUGCCAAAUUGAUGAUGGUCAAUGAACAAGGCCCCCCUCGUUGGUAAAAUUCUGUUAUCGGAUCGUUAUACAAAAAUACAUUAUCUAAAUGGUCCAACCAAAGGUUGCAUAGAGAAACCAACGAUUAGAUUUCAACCGAACCGAAUGUGCAUUAUGUUCUUCGAGUUGUCGGCGUCUUUAUAUUUAAGAUUUAGUGAUCGUUUGCUCUGCGACACCUGAUAAACUUGGACAGGAAGCUAUUAAUCAGCUGCGAUAAGAAGAAUUCUCCAAGAUCAUCAUACAUACAUUCAUAUACACGUGGUCUCAAAAAAAAAGGGCCAAUCUCAGAUUGCAGAGUCAACUGUUAAACUUUAAACUUGAAAGACAUAUUCAUUUUAUUGCUUUUCAAUAUUUGAUUUCGAACCAUCGUCAUAAUUCUAAACUAUUCGAUAAGCCCACUUGAAGAUACAAAUGUUCAUAGUCCACGGGGAAAUCUCGACCUUCCGAAUAGCCAAUCAAAGCAAACCCGACCAGACCAGAAGAAACAGGCAUAAAUAUUUGAAAAAAAUAUUUAUUAUACUCGUAUUUAAUUGUUUCCUUUGCUUUCGCACUAUCGCUUUUGAUUUGUCUUUAAAGUAAACCGCAUAGUAUUUACAAAGUUAUGUUAACACUUUACCACACAGAUGGUACACAAUUCACAAUAUAGUUGAAUACAAUACACAAAUAGGUGUUAGUUCAAAGAUCCCUUAAAUUCCUUAGAUGCCAUGAGGUGAUAUUAGAUAAGAAGUACAUUGAAUCCGUUUCUGGAUUCAAUUACAAGCGAGCAAGGGGUUACCUUUUAAUGGGAACCCUAACCUAGUUAGGGAAUGUCUUGUAAAAAUAAAAUACGUAUGGCUUAUAAAAAAAAAAAA